AUGUUUUCUUUUUUUUUUCUUAUCACAGCUAACAAUGGAUAUGAUGUUGAAAGUCUAACAGAUAGUCAAACAUGGACAUAUAAUGACCGAGAAGCAAAUAAAAUUGAACAUGAUUAUCCACAACGAUAUCAACAAUCACCAACAAAUGAUUUCUUAGCAUCAUCAUAUGAUGCUGGAAAUUUAACAAAACAUUAUGGUUUAUCAUCAAGUUUAUAUGAUGAUGAACGUGAUUAUUCAUCAACACUUCCUCGAUCUGUUGCUCCUCAUCCAACUAGUACACCAUUUUCACCAUCAAUAUCUUUAACACCACGUGAUGGUAAUGGUCAUACAGGUGAUAAACCUCAAAAAUCAAAAUCAUUCAUGAGUUCACUUAAACAUUUAACAUUACCUCGACGAAAACAUCAUAGUAAAAAUAAAUAUGAUACAAAUAUGAGUUCACAAGCAAGUAGUAUUACACAAUUAAACAAUUCUCUUCAAUCACCACAAACAAAUAUAACAUCACACAGUUUAUCAUCAGAUUAUUUUCUAUCGAGUACAAUGGAUCCAGCACCAAUUCGUCGAAGUCGUUCAAUAUCUCAAUCAUUUAAAAAUUUAUUUCGUUCAAGUUCAAAAAAGAAAGCCCAUUCAGCUAGAGCAGAUGCUUUAGGUGAAUUUGAAAAUGGUACACAUAAUUAUAUUGGUGAUAAUCGUAAUAAUUUAUCGACAUCAGUACCAACAUCAAAAAAGCUUUCAUUUCUUCAACGUCGUAAAUCAAAACAAAGAGCUAAACAACAAUCAAUAAAUUCAUUAUCAAGUUAUGAUUGUUCAAGAGUGGAAUCUGUACGAGAUACGCCUGUUCGUGCUAAUGUUGGACAUCCAGUGAUGAUGACCAAAUCACUUGUACGAUGA